CACUCCAAACCCCAGCCCCAGCCCCAGAGCGAAACCCGCGAUCCGUAGUCGAGACAGCCCCCCGCUCCCGGCGGUCUCUCCCCGCCAGACGAUCUUUGCGUUGCGCCCACCAUAGGCAACCUUUGCUCCCCCGGCCGCAGGGCCGCCGCCGCGAUGGCCGAUCCGGCGCCGGCUGCCCCGGCGCGCGGCGACUUCACGCGGUCGGUCAAGCUCAAGUACGUGAAGCUGGGGUACCACUGCCUGAUCACGCACGGCGCGUACCUGGCGGUGGCGCCGCUGCCGGGGCUCGUGGCGGCGCACCUCUCCACCUUCACGCCGAGCGACCUGGCCGGCCUCUGGGCCGGCGUCCUGCACCACAACCUCGCCGCCCUCAUCGCCUGCUUCGCCUUCAUGGUGGCCGCCUGCACCGCCUACCUCGUCACCCGCCCGCGCCCCGUCUACCUCGUCGACUUCGCCUGCUACAAGCCCGACGACGCGCGCAAGUGCAGCCGCGCCCGCUUCAUGGACUGCACCGAGAAGCUCGGCACCUUCACCGACGACAACGUCGAGUUCCAGCGCCGGAUCGUGGAGCGCUCCGGGCUGGGCGAGGACACGUACCUCCCCGAGGCCGUGCUCAACCUCCCGCCCAACCCCUCCAUGGCCAACGCGCGGGCCGAGGCCGAGAUGGUCAUGUUCGGCGCGCUGGACCAGCUCUUCGCCAAGACGGGCGUGCGGCCCAAGGACAUCGGCGUGCUCGUCGUCAACUGCAGCCUCUUCAACCCCACGCCCUCGCUCUCCGCCAUGGUCAUCAACCAUUACAAGCUCCGGGGCAACAUCGUCAGCUACAACCUGGGCGGCAUGGGCUGCAGCGCGGGGCUCAUCGCCGUCGACCUCGCCAAGGACCUGCUCCAGGCGCAGCCCGGCACCUACGCCGUGGUGAUCAGCAUGGAGAACAUCACCCUCAACUGGUACUUCGGCAACGACCGCUCCAUGCUCGUGUCCAACUGCCUGUUCCGCAUGGGCGGCGCGGCGAUCCUGCUCUCGAACCGCCGCUCCGCGCGCCGCCGCUCCAAGUACCAGCUGGUGCACACGGUGCGCACGCACAAGGGCGCCGACGACAAGGCCUUCGGGUGCGUGCUCCAGCAGGAGGACGAGGCGGGCAAGAGGGGCGUGUCGCUGUCCAAGGACCUGAUGGCCAUCGCCGGCGGCGCGCUCAAGACCAACAUCACCACGCUGGGGCCGCUGGUGCUCCCCUUCAGCGAGCAGCUGCUCUUCUUCGCGACGCUGGCGGUCAAGAAGCUGUUGAACGACAAGGUGAAGCCAUACAUCCCGGACUUCAAGCUGGCGUUCGAGCACUUCUGCAUCCACGCCGGCGGCAGGGCGGUGCUGGACGAGCUGGAGAGGAACCUGCAGCUGUCGGAGUGGCACAUGGAGCCGUCGCGGAUGACGCUGCACCGGUUCGGCAACACCUCCAGCAGCUCGCUGUGGUACGAGCUCGCCUACGCCGAGGCCAAGGGCCGGAUCAGGAAGGGAGACCGCACCUGGCAGAUCGCCUUCGGCUCCGGGUUCAAGUGCAACAGCGCCGUGUGGAGGGCGCUCCGGUCCGUCAACCCGGCCAACCCCAAGGACGUCGCCGGCAACCCCUGGGCCGACGAGAUCCACAGGUUCCCCGUGCCCGUGCCAAAGUUCGCCGCCAUCGAUCCCACUCCCAGCGACACCCACCACCAGUAAGGAGGGCCACGUACAGUACGUCUUUUGGUCGAGUGAGUCUGUAGCUAGCAUUAGCGAGCUGCUUGGGUUGCAUUGGUAGUGUCUGUUAGCAGUAGAGUCUCAAGCUAGGCAUACGUAGUUGUGAUUUACAUUUACCAUUAUUGCAUCUGAUUGAUGACAUUUAUAAACACGUGCUUGUGCUCGAUC